AUGAGAGGAUCAUCCUGUAUCCGCACCAAAGUUUCUUCUUAUCCCCAACCACUAAAUACAUCCUCAAUUCUUGACCAAUACGAGUCAUUCGAUGUCACACCAAUCAUUGGGCGUGAAUUUCCCAAAGCAAAUCUAGUUGAGUGGCUUAAUGCCGCCAAUGCCGACGAAUUGAUAAGAGAUCUUGCCAUUGCCAUCUCUCAACGGGGCGUUGUCUUCUUCCGAGCGCAGGACAACAUCACAAAUGAGUUGCAAAAGCAAUUGAUUCUCCGACUCGGAGAGCUAAGCGGUCGGCCUGCCGAGUCGGGACUCCACAUUCACCCGGUCCUCAACUCGGACCGCGAGUUAGGCGGAUCUGACCCGGAGAUCAGCACCAUCAGCUCCUUGCAGAAUAAGAAGUACUUCCGCAAGUUUCUGGAGCGCGAGGGGGUUAGCUCCAAGAAGCAGACUACUGCACAGUGGCAUAGCGAUAUCGCGUUUGAGCCUGUGCCGGCCGACUACUCAUCGCUGCGCCUCGUUCAACUGCCGAAGACGGGUGGUGGAGACACCCUCUGGGCGUCUGGUUACGAAAUCUACGACCGCCUUAGCACGCCUUACCAGAAAUUCCUGGAAAGCCUUACCGCCACCUUUGAACAACCUGGUUUUGCCGCCGCCGCCGAGCAGUCCGGGUUCACUUUAUAUGACAAGCCCCGCGGCAACCCGAAGAACAUCGGUAGUAUCCUCAAGGCUGUACACCCCGUUGUACGGACCAAUCCGGUCACCGGAUGGAAGAGCGUCUACCCAGUCGGCGGCCACGUGAAGCACGUCAACGACGUCACUCCAGAGGAAAGCAAACACCUUCUUGACUGGUUAUUGGAUCUUUUGCAGAAGAAUCACGAGAUUCAGGUCCGUUUCAGGUGGCAAAAUGCCAACGACAUUGCCGUCUGGGACAACCGCAGCACCUUGCAUACUGCGACCUUUGACUACGAUGACCAAGCCGAGAGGUUUGGCAACCGAGCAGUGGGUACCGGCGAGGCACCUUACCUGGACCCCAACAGCAAGGGGCGUCGUGAAUCUCUGGGUAUUUCUCAAGCCACAAACGAAUAA